UCCCAAUCAGCGAGGGCAUCGUUACCCAUAGACCGCAGAUAUCCGGCGUCGGCCUCAAGAUCCUUCGCAAUGGCGCCCAAAACGACCGUUCCUACCGCCCAAUCCAUUGAGGUCCCCGAGACCCUUCUCAAGAAGCGCAAGCAGACUGAGAAGUCGCGCGAGGAGCGUCUUGCGAAGGCCGCGGAGGCUAAGAAGGCGUCCAUUGCCAAGCGCAAGGUCAUCUUCAAGCGCGCGGAGGCGUACGUGAAGGAGUACCAGGCUAAGGAGCGGGAGGAGGUCCGCUUGAAGCGGGCUGCACGAAGCAACGGUGACUUCUACGUCGCUGGUCAACCAAAAGUCUACUUUGUUGUCCGUAUUCGCGGUAUCAACGAGAUCGCCCCCAAGCCCCGCAAGAUUUUGCAACUCCUCCGCCUCCUCCAGAUCAACAACGGUGUCUUCGUCAAGGUCACCCGCGCCACCCAGCAGAUGCUCCGUCUCGUUGAGCCUUACGUGACCUACGGCGAGCCGAACCUCAAGUCCGUCCGCGAGCUUAUCUACAAGCGUGGAUACGGCAAGGUCGACAAGCAGCGCAUCCCCCUCUCCAACAAUCAAAUCAUCGAGCAGAACCUCGGCAAGUACGACAUCCUUUGCGUUGAGGACCUCGUGCACGAGAUCGUCACCGCCGGCCCGCACUUCAAGCAGGCGUCGAACUUCCUCUGGCCAUUCAAGCUCUCGAACCCGACCGGCGGCUGGAGAACGCGCAAGUUCAAGCACUUCGUCCAGGGCGGUGACUUCGGUGACCGGGAGGGCAACAUCAACAAGCUCAUCCGCCAGAUGAACUAGGCGUUGGUCUGCCUGGCUUGUUGAGGGGACGGGGCGGGAUGGAGCGAGAUGUCGGUACUCGCGCCAGUCUGCGGCAACACACUCACGUACUUUACCGCGUAUGCCCUUCAUGUACUAUGUUCGCUGCUUAUGGUUGAACUUUCUAUGGCAAUAUGCACGCUGCAAACAAACCAACAGAGCCCCCAAGAAGAUGACGUU